AUUGCAUUUAAAAAUGAUUAUAACAGAUUUAAACUCAGACUUCUUCACCCUAUUUUCAAUUGCAUUUCCGAGCAAGGCAAUUGAUAGAAAAUGGCAGCCAUUUCCAUCUCCUCACUGUAUCUUCAUCCUCCAAACCAUUAAACCUCAUCAAACCCCUCAGAACUCCACCAAUACUCAACCUUCAAACCCAACAAUGGCUUUCCUCUCUCACCCUCAAGAAACCCAUUUCUAUUCACUCUCUCAAAUCCCAUCCCCUUUCCCUCCGAUUCACCCAGCCUCGGAAACCCCACUUUCUCUACUCCUCCGGACCCCUCCCGAUAAAAUCCCUCUUCACUGGCAUAGUGGAAGAGAUGGGCGAAGUCCGACACAUCGGGCCGGGUACGAGGGUCCGGAAAGUUUAACCAUGAAAAUCGGCGCAAUGUUUGUUCUUGACGGCGUCAAUCUCGGCGACAUCAUCGGCGUCAACGAAACGUGUCUAACUGUCACGGAAUUCGACACCCAAUUGUCCAAAUUCACGGUGGGAUUGGCCCUGGAGACGUUGCGAAAGACCUCCGAACACAGAUCUCUAGUCAAUUUGGAGAGGGCAUUCGUGCAGGGCCACGUUGACAGGACCAGAGUGAUUUUAGGGCUCGACCCAGAAGGGGAUUCAUUGUGGGUGAAAGUGAAGAUGACAAAGGAGCUCAUAAAGUACAUGGUGGAUGUGUUUGACGAUGAGUGACCGGAGUGAAGGCUUCAUUGUCGUGGAUGGGACAAGCUUGACUGUGGUGGAUGUGUUUGACGAUGAGUGCUUCAACUUCAUGGUGGUAGAGCAAAAUGUGAAAAGCCUUAUUUGCCCUCACAUAUCACGGCUCAAACGGAGAAUACUAACGGAAGGACUAGGGUAGGUCAAAUUUGAAAAAAGGAAGAUGACGGAAGGUUGAUUUGAAAGUUUAGGACCAUAGAUGGCGGAACCACUAUACUCGAGGGACCUUGGCUGGUAUUAACUCUU